GUUAAUGUAAACAUUGCAUAUUCAUUCUUCAGCCAACUGCUGCAAGACACAGAUGGAUUCUCCGGACAGGGACAACUUCUUUGAUAGAUUUGUCGACAGAAAGAAAAUUUUUGAUAAACAGGAUUGCAUACAAUGCUUUCAACGCUAUGAUGUUGACAGAGACGGAUACUUGAAUAAGAGGGAGUUUCGGCAGUUACUGAGCGACAUUUUCUGUGAUGGCUCCCAGCCUUACAAACUGACAGAGGAGCAGGAAAAGGAGCUGUUCACUCUUCUGGAUCAAGAUCAGGAUGGGAAAAUCAGUAAGACCGAGUUUCUUGGGAACUGUUACUACUGGCUGAAACAAAUUUUGCAGCCAAAUUCUGCUUUGAUUGUUGUGGAUGUGCAGAACGACUUUCUAGAUGGUAACCUUGCCCUGCGUAACUGUCCAGCAGGUCAGGAUGGACUCGGGGUCAUUCCAGCCAUUAACUCUGUCCUUGACACGGUGAACUUUGAACUUGUUGUGUAUACCAGGGAUUGGCAUCCAGCAGAUCACAUAUCAUUUGCAGAAAACAAACAUAUCAGACCAUUCCAUUCUACCAGCCAAAUCACACAGAGAGAAGCCAAAGUCCAUGACACAGUGAUAUUUGAGGGACCCCCGAUGACAGAGCAGAGACUAUGGCCCACUCAUUGUGUUCAGGGAAGCUGGGGAGCUGAAAUCCAUACAGAUCUCAAGGUUCCAGACAAUAGUGUAUUUGUGGAUAAAGGGAAAAACCCCAAUGUGGACAGUUACUCGGCAUUCUGGGAUAACAACAAACAUUCACAGACGGAGCUCGUCCAAAUCCUGUCCACGCACAACAUCACGGACGUGUAUCUGUGUGGGGUGGCCUAUGAUGUGUGUGUGGGUUUCACAGGAUUAGAUGCUAUGGACCAUGGGUUUAGAGUAGUGGCACUUGAUGAUGCUUGUCGUGGAGUUGACAUAAAGCAAAUAGAUGAAAUGAAGAAAUCUCUCCAAGAGAAAGGAGCUAUCAUUAUUAGUACUUGUAAGGUGAAGGACAUCGUAGAAGGAUCUGACCGGCCCCCGAAGCUUGGGAUUCAGACGGCUAGGAAUGUAGCUCUUGCACGGACAUUAGUGAAUAACAAUAAGGUCCACCCAACGUAACUGCGUCCUGUAAUGUUUACACGGAGAAGUCGGCGGGGUUAAGAUCAUCCAUCCAAAACUUGCACACAUUGACUGUUAUCUUGUAUUGACAAUGGAGUUUUCUUGAUAUUUUAAUGUUGUGCACUGUGCACCAGUUUGCUUCUUGGUUAAGAGUGUGUUUAUUUUUUUUUUCCUCUAUGACUGCAUUUAGUUUCUUAAAUCAAAAGAUUAUCUUUGAUUAACUGUAAGUAAGUAUAAGGGAAUAAUGGAAUAAUGCUGAAUGUACUACAAUGUGUUUUCAGUCAUUUGGAAUUGCCAUACUAUGGUACGGUAGGAAUUCCCCCCCCCCCCCCCCCCCCCC